AGUACAUUUAAAAUACAUGUGUGGUCAAUGCCUGGUCUCGUAGUAUGGUUGGACUGGGUUCAGGAGACUACUAGACAAGAUUGUUCCCAGGACAUGGGCCCAACGGUCGAGCUAGCAAUCAUUGCUUUUACCAGGCGGCAGUUCUCGUCCCCAGCCACCUUUCCGACCGAAGAAGAAGGCCAUAGUCGUCGGAUCGACGUCCUUGGCCACCAGUUUUCUCACCAGGGCGCGUCGACUUCUGCUACCGGCCUGCCAUACAGCAGCUCGCCGGGCUCUGGGCUGCAGGAUGCUCCGUUCCCUCCAAAUUCGGGGCUUCUCAUGAGCGGAGCCACCAGCUCUACAGGGUCAUACCAUCCGGGAUACACGAGCGACGUGACACUACCCGAAACAAUCAUCCCUACGCCUUCGUCUAUUUAUUCGCAGCCGUCAUUUUCUUGGAACGACAGAAUGCCUGGGUACCAGUCCAACCCUAGGAUCCCUGCUCUGCUGCCAUCUGCAGACCUCUCACGGCCACUUGGUGGGCAUGGAACGCCGAUUUCGAAUGGAACCACUGUCAUCGGCAGGGACAACUACCCCGAGGCAUAUGCCCUAAGCAGCCGGCCCUAUCAGUCACCUGCCGGCGUCAACAACAUGUCUCAUUAUCCCUACAACUCCAGCAUGCCCUCAAGCCUUGGAACCCCGCUCGAGUCGUCAAACUCGAUGUACAGUACCUCCAGCUAUGGCCAUUCUUACCCUUCGACGCAGCCAGAGGCUCCGCCGUUUCGCGAAACUACCAUGCAUCACCAGGUGAUCAACGACAGUUCCCAGCCGGUUCAGCUUAGCAUUCAAGCAAAAAUCCACAAGGGAUUCUUUCAGGUUGAAGAAAAAUGGACGUGUUACCGCCGCAACUAUUUCUCCGUCACUUGCUUCUUUAACAUGCAGCCCUGGGAUCCCAACUCGACAUACUACACCCAGCAAGGGCCCGGUCAGCACCAUGAACGGAUCAGAGACUUCGCCAUGUCGAUUUCUGCCGUUGUCAGUGGGUCAGAUAACGAUAUUCGCGAGCUAGUUCAGCACUCGCCUAAAAGAGAUAAACAAUCUGAGAAAAAGCCAGAUAGGAUUAUCCUUCAACCUCAUUGCCCUAAUGUGCUGAGUUCGAAUGCCGGACCAUCGGGCUCGGUGUUUGGGAUACCACAAUCUACAGGAAGUAUGCCGUUUGAUUGUAACUCGCAAUAUGCCAUGCCUCUGAAUACACAGCCACCCAUGCAACAUACAUUCGAGCGCAUCCAGUUCCAAAAGGCAACAGCGAACAACGGCAAACGCAGGGCCCAGCAGCAAUACUACAAUCUUGUAGUGGAGCUGUGGGCUAACGUUAGUAAAAACACGGAGAAAUGGGUGCUAAUCGCAACCAAACAUUCCGAUGAAAUGGUGGUGCGUGGAAGAUCGCCUGGACAUUACAAAGACAGCCGUCGAGAUAGCUCGGCUAGUAUGGGGGAUAGCGGUGGUGGUUCGGGUGGUGACCCCGGGCAAACCCUGUUACCACCGCAGAACCCUAUGAGACAGCAGUCGUAUGCGCAAACACCCUUUAUGCCGUAUGAUUCCCGGCGUGGUGAUUCUCACUACACCGCUGGGAACGGGACAACAGCGUCGUCAACAACAUCACACCAUCGCCAGCGUCGAAUUGACUCGGUUGGCGGCCAUUCCCCCGACGGAAUGAGCCCUCUAAUGUCAUCGUCCUCAUCUCUAUCCCCAUUUGACCUAGUCUUUAGUGAACCCAUGGAGGGCACCGAUUCCACCGACGGGCUCUCCACCAGCCACUAUCACGACGGGCGUAAAAAGUCGUCAAGCACACUAAGCAACCAGAGCCAUAUGUGCUUAGACCUCAAUUCUCACUCGCACAGCCAAGAAGAUGUUCCUCGAGCAUUCGAAGAUAUAUUUGAUCCGAUGGUGGCCAGCUACCAAAGCGAAAAGGACGAUGGACAGCAACAGCAGUAUUUGAAGCGUCAGCUUGCUCCUCUUACGCAUGAUAGCUCAGCUGCGCGGGCUGGUGCUGGGUCUUAUCCGCGCUUUGAUCCUGUGCAGAACAGUCUACGUGCUUGA